AUGGAUGAAGCUUGGGAUCAACAAAUGAUCUAUGCGGCACAGACAGGAGAGGGAGCAUCUGGUGGCCAGAACCUGGAAAUCUCCUUCACUAAAGGACAGAUGGCAAUGCAACCCCAGGGGAACAUUGGACUUCAUAAGAAGAUGGCAAAGUUAUUUCAUCAAUACAAGAAAAAAGGGGAUGAAACAAUCUUCAAAAAGUACGCAGUCAGAGUAACUUCAGACCACUCUCCAAAUGAUGCGAAGAUUUCACUCACAGUGGCUGAAAAGGAGAGCUCUGUGCUGUUCAGCGUGGAAAACUCUGGUCUCCAACAAGUUUAUUUCACCCUUCAGAACUUUGAUUUUGUGGAAAACAUUUUCACCAUCAGAGACUGCGAUGGAAACCUUAUCAGAACAAUCACAGACCACCUUCUCUUGCCUGGUGACUCAUACGAUAUAAAAAUCAAUUUCACCUCUGACCACCCUGGCUUCUAUGAGCAAAUCCUGGUUUUUAAAUUUAAGAGAGGCUAUGACCAUCCAGAAUUUUUCGAGAUUAUGCGCCUCUUGGAGGUUGAAUUUCAAAUAGCUCAGAGUGAGAAGGACUGUCUUCAUGGCUCAGAGGUUAGGAAGAGGUUUCAGACUGCAAACAGGAGACCUUUUACUCGCGGUGAGAACUUAGCUACACCGGUGGUGCAUCUCAAGAAAUACCCCAUAACCAAGAACUUUCGAGAAAAUAAAGAAAUACAAGAGAUUUUGAGAUCAAAUCCCCUCAACUGGGGGAACUACAGCAGGAGAUUUCAUCUACUGCUUCAUCUCGAGGAGUACAAGAUCAGGAAAGACAUUCACCAAUGCAGCCUGAAUAAAGUGCCUCUCACCUUUUACGAAAUGGACAAGAACAUGUUGGUUGUAAAGGCAGAACAUUUCUUGAACAAGUCUCUGACAGUGCUGACUGGAUGUAUAGUUGAGGUGACUCCUUUGAAGCAGAAGAUGGACAAGGUUUUCUACAAAGGAUGGGUCGAUGAUGUGGAUGAGGAACAAAUCUACUUGAGAAUUUAUGAAGACCUCCCAGAAGAUUUUCAAAACGAAGUGGCCUGCAGCCUUGUGUUUUUACUCCAUCGAAUGCCACUGCGGAUUCAGCACAGAGCAGCAGAUUUAGUACGCAAACAUCAGCUGAGGGAUCUAGUCUUCCCUACACAACAUUCAUGUCUCGCACCUCCAAUCCCCAAAUUAAUAAGGACACCAGUGCUUGAAAGCAACCCAGAGCAGUGCAGAGCUGUUGAACACAUACUGGCCCGUUCUGCAAAACCUGCUCCUUACCUGAUAUUUGGUCCACCAGGCACAGGCAAAUCAGUAACCUUGGUUGAAGUCAUCAAGCAGAUAGUGAAAACACAAGACUGCAACAUCCUAGUUUGUGCACCAUCCAACAGCGUAACGGACCACCUCUGUAAGAAGAUCCUAGAAGAAAACAUUGUCCCCCGCCAAGUGUUUCGCCUGUACUCCUUAAGCUACAACGCAAAUAAGAUCCCGGAAAGCGUGAAGGAACACUGCAGCUUUGAUGGUACAGAAAACUAUUUUGAAAUACCGACCAAAGAGGAGCUGAUGAGUUACAAGAUCAUGGUGACCACUCUUCAAUCUGCUGGAAGGCUAGUGACAGCUGGGGUUCCUCCAGGUUAUUACAGUUACAUCAUUGUGGAUGAGGCGGGCCAGGCUAAAGAACUAGAAUGUUUGAUUCCAAUAGCUGGAUUGCUGAAACCAAAAACAGGCCAGGUAGUUCUGGCUGGAGACCCGAAACAGUUAGGCCCCGUCAUCAUCUCAACUAUCGCAGAAAGAUUUGGCCUGGCACUGCUGUGCAAGUUCUGA